AUGUUUUGGUUAAUUAUUGGAUUGCUAUUUUUAGGGGCAUUUAUUUAUUAUUUCAGCAUUCCUUCUGCGAAACCUCAUUCCCCAUCAUCCUUAAAAACUUAAUCUAUUAUACUUAUAGAAAAUUCCACUGUAAUUCUGAGGAAUGCCCCCAUAAUACUUCCCCACUAAUCACCAGUUCGGAUUUCACAACAUCGCGAAAGUUGCCGAUGCCUGGCGAUGGCCUGCACUUGCUAUCGGUAGUCAGAGGAGUUGUCUCAGUAUGCACCUCUGCAUAGGUUGCCUGAAGUUCAAAUAGUUGAAUCUAUAGGAAAAAUGAGAAAAUAUUCCCAAAUGUCCAAGAAACUCGCUUCUGGCACUCUGGGAAAUAUUUUCCAACACUCAUAUCCACUCUCAAUAAGGAAAACUCUGUCAUAAGAUUGAGCUUAGUAUAUUAGUUUCAUCGUUGUCAUUCUAUAUGACUCCAGGAAAAUAUUGCCGGAUGCACAUUCUCGAAUAGCAUCUUCGAUUUCUCAAAAUCCCUGUAUACCCAUCGGAUGCCAGCUUCAGGCGGAUUAUUCUCCAAAAUUUUAAUGUUUACCCUUCCCGAUCAUCCACAAAAGAGUUCACUCUUGAAGAAUUAUCUGUUUAUAAUGGAAAGAAUGCAAAAGCCUACGUUGCAGUCAAAAACAAAGUCUUUGAUGUAAGCAGCAGCGAAGCCUACCUCCCAGGUGGCAGCUAUGCACAAUUUGCUGGCAAAGAUGCCACUUUAGCUCUAUCAAAAAUGAAUAUGGAUCCUAGCCUUCUCAACAUUAGACAGCCUAUUAAUGAAGAAGAACAAAAAGUAUUACCCUCCUUGAUAGAGCAACUACAUUGAUACUAUUGCCUAAUAGUUUCUAGGAAAUUCUACUUAAUUUUUAGCAUAGUUUUAAUAUAUUGCAUGCUGCAUAAAAUAUUUUAUAUUGGAAAAUUUUAAUAAUUAUAUGAGAAAAUAAAAAAAUAUUAUAUAUAGUAGGGCUAUAUAUAACUUUUUUUCAGAAAUAUUUUAAUUCUAUCAAAGCCACAGCGGCAGUUCAAUCAAGGACAGAAGAGCUAGACGAUUGGGAAAAAUAUUUUGAAGAACGAAAAGGUUACCCACUAGUCGGAACACUCAAAUUAGAUUAA